AUGACGAGAUUUGAACCUCAUGGCGUCCAUCUGACGGGCAGCAUCUGCCUAUCAUCCGCCGAAGAAGUCUUCCGCAAGACCACGGCGCUCCUCCCGGGCCGCCUGCGGCGGAUCCCAGACGGGGAGACCCAGCACCGGCAGAAUUUCUUCAGAUUCCAGCGAGACGCCUUUGCGGAAGCCGGGGCAUCUCAAGCCCUGCGCAAGUACGACGCACAGCGCAACCCCCUCCCUUCCGACCCCGUUCCGCCAGAGGAGGUAGAGCUCCUGGCAAAACAUCUCAGCGAGCACCUGCACACCGGCUACGACACGCACGCCAUCGAGUCGUACAGCCUCUUCGCCCGGCUCCGCGACGAGGGCGUCAUCCCGCCGGGCGUGCGCUUCCAGGUCAGCCUGCCCACCCCCGUCAACGUGAUGACCACCAUCGCGCCGCCGUACCAGGCCGCGCUCGAGCCCGUCUACGAGGCCGCGCUGCUCCGGGACCUGCGCCGCAUCGAGGCGGCCGUGCCGCCGGGCGACCUCGCCGUGCAGUGGGACUGCGCGAUCGAGUUCGCCAUCCUCGAGGGUGUCGAGUACCCUGCGUUCCGGCCGUGGUUCGCAGGCGAGGGGGACGACGACGCCGCGGCCAGGCGGGCGCAUAUUGACGCGGCGCUGGUGCGGCUCGGGCGCGCGGUCGGCGGGGGUGUCGAGCUCGGGUACCACCUUUGCUAUGGCGACCAGGGCCAUCGGCACUUCUGCGAGCCGCGCGACACGGGCCUGCUCGUCGAUGUUGCGUGGACGGUGGUGCGGGGCGUCGGGAGGCGGGUCGCCUGGUUGCACUUGCCCGUCCCCAAGAGCCGCGACGACGAUGCGUAUUUCGCGCCGCUGGUGGGACUCGUGCCGGCCCUCAGGAAGGGGGGAACUGAAAUCUACCUCGGCCUGGUGCAUGUUGAUGAUGAUGAGGGGACACGCAGGAGGAUCGAGGCGGCCUCGCGGGUGCUGGGUGCUUUUGGUGUUGGGACUGAGUGCGGAAUGGGCAGGACGCCUCCGGAGGACUUUGAUUCAAUCAUGGCCAUCUCGGCUGCUGUUUCCUCUCCUAUUCUCAGUCCUCCUCAGUCAAAGAUGACUGCAGAUGGGGCGGAUCGUAGCGCAGAGAAGUAA